AUGUUAUAGAAUUAUGAUAAUGAGAAUGAACAUUCAUAAAUUGAAGAUAAAGAAAAAUGUUUAAUUUGUAGAAAUUUGUUUUUGAAAGUUGAAUUAAAAAACCAUUAAGCUAAUUGUACGAAUACUUUGUCCAAAGAUAAUUAAGAAUAUUUAGAUGAAUAAUUAGCUUAAUUAUUUAUUGAUUAGAAUUUUUAGUCUACUAUCUUUUCAAAUAAAAGUAAACAUCAGAGUCAAUAACAACAAAAAAUUUAACCUCCUCUAUAAGAAUAAUAAAAAGAAUGUGUGAUAAAUCCUUUAUAAAUGAAGAAAUAAGAACCAAAUGAGAUUUCAAACGAAUGUUUAGAGUCCAAAAAAAUAAAUGAGAAACAAAUUGAUGUAAUUUUAUUUUACAAUUUAUAAGUAAUAAUAGAAAGAUGAUUUACAUAUAAAAUUUCCAAAAAAAUAAUAACCAGAUAACCUAUUUAAAUAAUAAGUAGAUUUAUAAAAGUAGAACUCUGAACAUAAAAAAAAAGAAUAUCAAAAAAAUGACUAAUAAAUUAAAAAUGAAAGUCAAUAAUAUUUGAAUAAGGAAUUCAAAUAAUAACACUACUAUGAUUUCCAGAAUAAUUUAUAAAAUGAAUAACCUAUAUUGAUGUAAAUAUAAUAAAAUUUGCCUUUAAAUUUAGAAAUUCAGCAGAACUAAAAUCAAUUUGAAAAGAAAGAUUAAAUAAAUAAUUCAAUAUAAAACAUCAAUCAAUUUGAAUAAAAAUAAAUAUAUAAUUUAUAAGAAAAAACUGAUCCUUAAAAAAAUUAAUUUUAAGAUUAAGAAGUUAAAGUAGAUGUAAAAGUUAAUUCAACUAAAGAAAAAUCUAAUAAUCAAAAAUGGAGUGUUAAUGAUAAGUUACAAUACCCAAUACCUCUUAGAUUUAGACCGAAAAACUAAUUAUAAAAUCAAUACAUUCCCUAUUAUAGACUAGCUAAUAUACCCUAGAAUAUAAUUAGAAAUCAUCAGAAUAAUAAUUAGGCUCAAUAAUAAUAACAAUAAAAUGAUUAGAAUUAAAGAAAUAUUAUAAAUUAAUAUCCAAUUAAUAAUAAUCAUUAAUUUUAAUAAAAAAAUCAAAUAAAAAUGUUUGAAUUCAAACCUGGUAUGAGACUCACAGAUUGGUAAGUUAAUUAAUUAAGUAAAGAAGAAUUGUAUGAACAUUUUACUUAAUUAGACUUAGAUUAAUAGGUUGGUUACUAAAGCAAAAUCUUCAAGUUAGAUAAAAAAAGAGUGUAAAUUAAUCAAACUGGAAAUUGUGCAAUUUGUAUGGAUGAUAUUUAGCCUUCUAAAGAAGCUUAAGAUAUUUAAUUAGAUUGUUCACAUUAAUUUCAUUUUGAUUGCAUUAAAUAAUGGCUGUAGAAAUAGAAAAAUUGUCCUCUUUGUAAAGAAUAUGUUGAUUUAUGCUUAAUAUGA